GCGUGCAAAACAACCACAACCCGAACCAGAAAGCAACCAGAGUAACAGAUUUUUUCACCUCACCAUAUCCUCUUCUUUCUUUCUCUCUCUAGAAAGAGAGCUAUGGUUCAAAAUUCCCUCUCUAUACUCUCUUCAAUUCCUUCAAAUUUCACCUCCGAUUCCUUUUCCUUUCGGCGAUUUCCUCGUUUUCCGAAACUCAACGUCUUUUCGAGGCAGUUAUUAAUCGAUAACAACAAUGACUCACCAGAGCAAUUCCUUCAGAAUAAUUCAAUUGCUGAUUUCAUGAGGUUUAAGAAAGGCACAAACUCCGAUGCGGAGUUGCAAACCGCUGUCGUUACUUACCGGAAGAAGUUUCCGUGGUCGAUACUUCAACCUUUUCUUCAGGUUGAUUUGGUGUCUACAAUACACAUCGCUGAUAAAGAGUACUUUGCCGCCCUACAAAAGGAACUUGAACCAUAUGAUUGCGUUCUCUAUGAGAUGGUUGCCAGCAGAGAGAGUUUAGAGAGCAGAAGAAGUCCUAUUUCUAGAAAGAAACUAAAAAGUUCAAGAUCACGGGGAUUUAAUAUUAUUGGAUUCAUCCAACGGCAGAUGGCUAGAUUUCUCACCCUUGAUUUCCAACUAGAUUGUCUUGACUACGAGUGUGAGAAUUGGUACCAUGCGGAUCUUGAUUUUGAGACCUUCAAGUUACUCCAGCUUGAAAGAGGCGAGAGCUUCUUCACGUUUGCCAGAGAUAUGACAAUAAGAUCAACAAAAGCACUUGUGCAGCCUACAAUCCCAGAAGAUCUUGACCCUUGGAGAUCCAAACUUCUAUGGGCUUCUCGGGUUCUGCCUAUGCCUCUUGUUGGACUUCUUAUCAUUGGAGGUGUUUGUACAGAUGUGAAAAGCCAACCAUCUGAAUAUCCCGAACUAGAAGCGUUGUCCAGACUUGAUUUUGGUGCUGCAAUGAAAGUCUUCCUGGCAAAGCGACUAACAUCUGAAUUCACACAGAUCACAGCUGAUGUAGAGGCGAAAUCUGUCAUCAUCGGAGAGAGAAACAAAGCUGCAUUAGAAGCACUUCAAAGAGCUAUGAACGAGGGUCAUAAUAAGAUUGCUAUCCUUUAUGGUGGUGGGCACAUGCCAGAUUUGGGACGGAGGCUGCGAGAAGAGUUUGACCUUGUCCCUUCUGAGGUACAGUGGAUAACUGCCUGGUCCAUCACAAACCGCAACCUAACAACGAAUUCACUUCCUUUGUUGAAACAAAUGGCAGAAGUCUCAGGUUGGCCUCUAAAUCGAUAUCAGACUUUAGCCCUGCUAAUUUUUUCUUCUGUUCUUGCAUUGGAUCUUUGGUUUUGGGAGCUCUUCUUUGGUACUACAGCUAAUUGGAUUUCCCAAGUUGCAACAGACAUUUCUCAAUAUGUUCAUAUGCACAAUUGAUGUAAUUAAAUUUAUUGAAACAAUUGGGUCAAUAACGCCUACUGUACAUACUUCAAGAUUCUACAGUAUAUUUGAGAACAGUACUUUCCUCU